AGGACACAAUGAACAAAAGAAUUUGCAAGUGGAGUAAAUUAAGUCCUAAACAAACAGUAGAUGUCGUCGUGUGUACAUUAUACAGUCCUGGGGAAUUCUACUGUCAGAUUUCAAAUAAGAGUGAGUUACGUGCUCUAAACUUACUUAACAAAUCGUUGUCUGAAUACUGUCAGAAAACUCCACCAAAUAUUUUUAAGCCUGGAAAUGGAGAACCUUGCUGUGCUUUUUCCUCUGAUGAUGGUAACUGGUACCGUGCUUUGGUGCAAAACAUUACUUCGGAUGGAACUGUUAAAGUAUGCUUUGUGGACUACGGAAAUGUUGAGGAAGUACCACUGGAUAAAAUAAGGCACAUCUCAUCCUCAUUCUUACAACUUCCAUUUCAAGGAAUUAAAUGCUGGCUCUCAGGUAUAAAGCCUGGUAAUAGCAAAUGGAUUCCAGAAGCUACAGCAAGGUUUCAUAUGUACGCUGCAGGGGUAAAGCUUCAAGCCAGAGUAACUUCCCUUUCCGGAGAUGGGGCAGGUGUAGAGCUUAUUGACAAUUCCACAGGUCAUCCAAAAGUGAUCAAUGAGAUAUUAACUUCUGAAAAAUUGGCUGUAAAGGAAGUUCUAGAAGACAAAAAUAACUUUCCAAACAAGUCUGUUGUCGAAAAAGAAACCUCACUCGGGCACUGGAAAUCUAUUGAAUUGGCGAUAGAUGAACCGGUAUCGGUCUGUGUAACAGAAGUUGUAGGCCCAGAUUUGUUCUAUGCUGUACCAGUUCAAAUUAAAGAUCAAGAGAAGCUACAUAAGCUGUUCAUUGAACUAGAAGGCUAUUGUAAAUCUUGUAAGAACCAGCCCUUCAAACCAGAAGAGGGUGAAGCCUGUUGUGCCAGGUUUUCAGAUGAUGGCCAUUGGUACAGAGCUCUUGUUCUGAAAGCUUCUCAAUCUGAAGUGACAGUACUAUAUGCAGACUAUGGGAACACAGAAACUUUACCACUUUCAAGGGUGCUGCCAAUCACUGAUUCCUACUUAAAGCUGCCUUUUCAGACAAUUAUAUGUUCACUUGCAGGAAUAGAGAAAGCUGUGUGGUCUCCGUUAUUACUUGACAAGUUGAAAGAAAUGUUACUGAAUAAAUACGUCACGAUUACAAGGAAAGGGAUUAAUGGAAAUGUUAAUUUAGUAACAGUGGAGAAACUUGGUGAAAAUGGUAGUCUGAAUGUAGCUGACAAACUGGUAAAGGAAGGUUUGGUCAAAUCCUGCGGAGCUGAAAACUUACAUACUGAACAUCAAGGCAAUGGAGGUGAGACCAAAUGCUGCUGCACAGAAUUAAAAAUGCAAGUAAGACUCAGUCCAAGCAAUAUGCACUUUUUUACAUUUCUAGAAUUUAAAAGAAACCCUAUGUGGGAAGCAAAUGGGAGGAGGGAUAUAAUAGCUAACAGAAACACUGAGGAAUAUGCAAAGUGA